ACCAGACUGAUGCCAGUCAUGCCACCCUGGACUAGGAGUGAGUGUGGCCAUUGAAAUAUGACGUUCUUCUUUUAGACUGCUCUUGUGAAGAAUACAGGUAAGCAGUGAAAGUAUGUAUAUUUCACCACAAUAUUUCACAUUUCUUAUAUGAUUCAUAUCCAUGUGUUAAAUGAGUCGCACUUAAGUCAUAUGGUAGAGGGUAUAUUACACUUGAGAAAUGUGACCUGCAUAUAUCAAAGUAACUUUUGAGGUCAAAAUGUCUAACUAAUUUAAUCUUGAUUGUGUCAAACAUAAAUAUGCUAAAUAAGUUGAUAGGGAAUUUCCUUGUGUGUUCUUGGUCAGCGUGGGUGAGUUAGGAGGAAGUAACUGUGCAUAUAUAGUAAGUAAAUGAGACGAUGUUGUUACAACUAGCUUUGUUGACCAACUCGCACAGUAGUCGGACAGAAGCAAGUAUGCAGUUGACGAUUCUUCUCCUAGGUAAGAGAUCCUCUAACAUUCUCACACACACGUUCACUGAUGUAUGGGAAUGUGGAUGUUUCUGCUGCAUAUGUAUUUACAUUUCUGUGUGUAUGUGCCUGUGUUACACAAUGGCUGAGGGUGUGCUCCAUCUCUUCUACAGCCUUACAGGUUUUUGGGGUCCUGUGCUCAGAGGCCACUGCAGAUUCCACAGAGGUGCCGUCUCCCAGAAUCCUCCAGCCCCAUAGGUCCAAAAUAAGAGCUGUUCCAGGAGAGCAGUUGAUUAUUGAAUGUAAAGCAGACCCAGGCCUUCCUGAUGACUUUACCCAUGUCUACUGGCUGGUCAACAGAACCUUCCCAGAGGUAGCCUUCACUGAUGGCAGAGUAUCAGAAACAGAGGAAUCAGCAUCAGAGGACGGCAGGGUGAUCCAGAAGAGUCUGGUGUUAAAGAACGUGACUGCAGAGGAUUUUAAGUCCACUUUCACCUGUGUAAUAAGUAGCCUAGCUGGGCUUGACCGAAGGACUGUCACACUGAUGCCCAAUCACAAGGCUAGUUUUCCCUCACUACCUCACGUCCUCUCCCUUCGUCCUUCACUCACUCCCAACUCAAAACACCAGGGGAAACCGAGAAAGGAAUUUAAGAAGAAACCUAGAAAAAAGGAUCAGGGGAAAAAAACAAAACCACGCUAGCAAGAAAUGAGGUUAGAUGGAUUGUCUUAGUCCAGUACUGAACCCUUGUGUGGGUUAAUGAUACAAUUUAAUUAUUUUUUUCAACCUGAGACUCAUUGUUCUUGGCACAUUUUCUAUGAACAACAUGUAAAAUAACACUUUCAUUGAGUGCACACUGCACCCCCCCUACACAUUUAUAUUACAUAUGUGGUGUUCGAUUCACUGGACCCGAGAGUAAUAAAAGUGCCUGUCUCCCU